AUGCUUAGAUAUUAUAACCUCACAGUAUACAUAAAUAUUUGUAUUUAUUUUAUUUUUGAAGGAAUUGGAAAAACCACCUUAAUCCAUAAAGCCUCAGAAGCUUUAAAGUCAUCUGGUACCCCCAUUGAUGAUGGCUUUUACACAGAAGAGGUUAGACAAGGAGGCAGGAGAAUAGGAUUUGAUGUUGUUACUUUAUCUGGAAAACACGGAAUUUUGGCAAGAAUUGGAACUAAUCAGUCUGAAGGAAAACGUGAAUACAGAGUCGGGCAGUAUGUUGUGGAUAUUAGUUCAUUCGAGCAUUUGGCACUUCCUAUAUUGGACUGCAUGCUGAAAACUGGAAAUCUGGCACAAAAAUCUGUUUGUGUCAUAGACGAGAUUGGAAAAAUGGAGCUUUUUAGUCAGAAAUUUAUUUCAAUUGUCCAUAAAGUUUUGGAUUCUGCAAAUGUUGUAGUGUUUGGAACAAUUCCAAUACCAAAAGGAAAACCACUUCCACUUGUUGAAGAAAUAAGACAACGUCAGGAUGUUAAAAUGUUUAACGUAAGUGACAGUAACAACAGCAGUACUUUGCCCAUAUACUGA